UAGAAAGAACACAAAGAGAGGCAGGUCCCGAACAUGCCGGGUGCUCCAUUUAUUUCAGAAAAGACCUCCCUAUUUACAAUAAACCAGGUUCUCCUUGAAUGUGGCCAAUAAAGAUAUACAUAUAAGUGACUGAUAUGGAUACAGAAGUUCUAACUGAAGUACCUGAAUCAUUAACACGACUCGCUCGACUCAUUGUCCGUGGGUUCUACUCCCCCGAGACUGCUAUAGUCAUAGACAUGCUGGUCCGCAAUCCGUGCAUCAAGGAAGAGGAUAUGAUAGAACUUCUCAAAUUUGAACGUAAACAGUUACGUUCGAUCAUCAAUUCACUGAAAGCUGACAAAAUUCUAAAAGCUCGCAUGCGGGUGGAAACUGAUGCAGAAGGGAAGUGCACGAGACACAACUACUAUUUCAUUAAUUACAAUGUGUUUGUGAACAUUGUCAAGUACAAAUUGGAUCACAUGAGGAGAAAGAUUGAAAUGGAGGAGAGAGACAACACGAGUCGUGCCUCGUUCAAGUGUUCUAACCCUCAGUGUCAAAAGACAUUCACGGAUCUAGAGGUCGGGCAAAUGAUUGACCCAAUGACUGGCCUGUUACGGUGUACAAUUUGUGAACAGGCAGUCGAGGAAGACGAGAGUUCGCUGCCCAGCCAGGAUGCGAGGACGUUAAUGGCAAAGUUUAAUGAACAGAUACAGCCGAUAUAUGACCUGCUUAGAAACUGUGAAGAUAUUAAACUUGCACCAGAAAUUCUUGAACCUGAACCAAUGGAUCUUUCCAAAAUUUUGCAGCCAAGAGGUCAAGGUGGUAAACUGUCGGAUCAGGAUCCCGGCAAGAUGACGUGGAGCGGGGAGGCGUCGCGUAAGACUGCGUUCGGCUACAGUGAAAACCAGUUGACCGUCACGGUUGGCGAAGACAACGGCAUCACGGCGCCAGUGAAGAAACGGGCAGCACCUGACUGGAUGACAAACAGCACAGUUGAUGGCGCCUCUAAUGAUCUGCAGAUCAUUGUUGAUGAGCCGACAUUUGAAGUGGGUGCGUCACGCGUUGAUGCCACCGAGGUGAUGAACACGUUGCUGGUUCAUGAGAAGAAGGCCACUAGAGCCUUGAUCCCGGGAGCUGGCAGUGACGAGUCGAGCAGUUCCUCGGAAGACGAGUCUUCCAUAAAACCUGCAGUUAUCUCUGGUAACAUCGAUGAGAUGGAGAGUGAGGAGGAGGAUUCUGUUCCCAUGGUGAUGAUCGGAGACAGAAAGGUGCCGUAUCCAGAGAUUACAGACGAUAUUGUAGAACAAAUGACCCCUGAUGAGAAGGAAGAGUAUAUUAGAAUAGGACAAGAGUGGUACCAGCACAUGUACGAAUGAUCUCUUGUUAAACUUUGUAAAUAAAUUUUUAUUUGUUUAAAUGCC